AUGCUCCCCCCCCUGCCGCUCGCCGCCCUCGGCGCCGCCCUCGCCGGCCUCGCCUCGGCUCAGGUGCACACCGACUGCAACCCCCUGAACACGACGUGCCCGCCCGACCCCGGCUUCGGCACCGAGGCCGACUUCUACUUCAACUCGACGCCCCCCGCCGAGCUCUGGGAGACCAUCGCCGGCACCGUCAGCUACGACGCCAAGAAGGGCGCCGCCUUCACCAUCAACAAGCAGGGCGACUCCCCCACCAUCCGCACCAAGUUUUACUUCUUCUUCGGCCGCACCGAGAUAUUCCUCAAGGUUGCGCCCGGCACCGGCAUCGUGAGCUCCAUGAUGUGGCUGAGCGACGUCCUCGACGAGGUCGACUGGGAGUUUCUCGGCUCCAACAAGUCCUUCGCCUCGACCAACUACUUCGGCAAGGGCGAGCAGGACUGGCACAACGGCGGCAUGCACCCCAUGACGGGCAUGCAGGACGACUACCACAACUACACGACGGUCUGGACCAAGGAGAAGAUCGACUGGUACAUCGACGGCGCCCUCGUCCGCACCCUGCUCUCCAAGGACGCCAACAACUCGCGCACCUAUCCCCAGACGCCCAUGCGCAUGAGUAUCGGCAUCUGGGCCGGCGGCGACCCCUCCCUGCCCGAGGGGACCCGGAAGUGGGCCGGCGGCGACACCAACUACGCCGACGGGCCCUACACCAUGUACGUCACGCAGGCCCACGUCACCGACUUCUCGACGGGCAAGGAGUACUCGUACGGCGACAAGUCGGGCAGCGCCGACAGCAUCAAGAUGGCACCCGGAAACUCGACGGCCUAUCAGUUCCUCCAAAGACCGCCCCAGCAGUCCAUCGCCGACAAGUGGAGGCUGCUGCCGGCCAAGACCAAGAUUGGCAUCUACGCCGGCGCGAGCUUCCUCGGCGCCCUCAUCAUCGGCACCCUGCUCUUCUACAUCAAAGCGCGCCGAGGCCGAGAGGCCAACGCGGCCGGCUUCAGCGACUACGACGGCCACGACGGGCACCGCGGAGGCUUGAGCGACGCCGACGCGUACCACGUGCCCGCCACGACGGCCGCGAGCCCCCUCGCCCCUUCGGCUUGGGGCGCGCCGCCUCCGGUGACCAUAAGCCCGAGCCCGCCGUACCGCGACGCCCGCGAACCGGCCCCCGACGCCCACGGCUUCGAUUUCGGCUUGAACGCGCCCAACUCGGAAAGCCCCCUGCUGCGGUCGCAGAGCCCGAACGCGCCCUCGUCGCAUCCGCCGUAG